AUGGGCCGUACAGAGGAGUCAUUAAUCCGGGAACUAUUUAGCAACCUAACUUGUGAUGGCAGGACUCCCUCCCAACUUUUUCGUUAUAUGAAAAGCCGACUCGGCAAAAAUACCAUGGCUGACUCUAUAUUAAAAAGCUUGUGGCUGGACCGUCUCCCCACCACCAUUACCCAAAUUUUGGCGCCAAUGUCCGAAAACACCUCGAUCGAUCAAUUAGCGGACGCCGCUGAUCGUAUUUUCUCGCAACUGGAUAAUCAGACAAUGCCAGUACACAGUGCUGAAGCGACCAGGUACCACAGCUCCCUUGGAAAAAAACAGUCGAGGAUUUGCAGCGCCGUUAAAGAUUUAACGUUAGCUAUAGAAAGCCAUGGUCGAAGCCGGUUCCCCUCCCGCCGGCGCUUCAGAAGUCGACCACGCUCGUCCAGCCGAGAUAAGGAUGCCACCCUACUAUGUGUUACUACCACCGAAGAUUUGGGUCUAAAGCUUAUUACUGCAUCAAGCCGUGUACUUAUACUGCGGUCGCGGAAAACAAAACCGCCAGCGACUGUGACCACACCACCAGUUUCUUCCUCUUUAUUCAGGACUUACGCCUUAAAAUGGCAAACUUAUGCUAUACACCACCGCGGCACUGCCCGAGUGAUAUCUAUCUACCGCACCAGCUCAAGGACUGCGAAUUUGUAUUUGUACGUAAUGACUUCUGUUAAGCGGCCUCUUACGCCGGCCUACACAGGUCCAUUCCGCGUUCUUAAACGCGCGGGCAAAUAUUUCCAAAUACAAAAAGGUAUUCACACCGACAACGUUUCAAUAGAUCGGUUGAAACCUGCCUUUAUAGAGAAACCGUCGUCUCAUACUACUUCCCAAUCAACUCCGCAAGUUCAGGAGAAUUUCAAGACACCUGUCUCUCUCGACAAACCUAAGUAUACCAGCUCCGGUCGAAAAAAAAAAACUGAUAACAAACCAGAAACUUUUCUCUUUCUCUCCCUUCUCUUCUUUGUUUUCCUCUAUUUCCCUCCCUCCCUUUCUCUCUCCUCUUCUCUCCUCUUCUUUUUCUCUUUCGCUCCUUCUCCAUCUCACUCUUUCCUUCUUCCUCACAUUCUUUUUUCUCUCUUUCUCUCUCCUCUCUAUCUCACGUUCUUUCUGGUUAUGUCACUCUCACUAUUUUAUUUUUCUAUUCCCACUUCUCUCACUCUCCCUCUUUUCUGCCCAACCCUCUCUCUCAAUAUUUCUCUCUCUCUCUCUCUCGCCAUUUCCCUCUCUCGCUCUUCUCUCUUUUUCUUACCUUCUUUCUCUCACUUUUCUUACCUUCUCCUUUUUCUCUCUCACUUUCUAUCGGCCUCCCUCUCGCUUCUACUUUCGGCUUCUUUCUUUCACUCACCCCUUCCUCAUUAUUUCUUUCUUUCUUUCUUUCUCUCUCUCUCUCUCUCUCUCUCUCUCUCUCUCUCUCUAUCUCUUCAUCUUCUCUUUCUCCACUCUUUUAUUUAUCUCUCUCUUACUCUUUUCUUUUUCUCUCACACUCUCACUAUUUCUUUCUCGCUCUCCCUUUCUUUCUUUCUUUCUUUCUUUCUUUCUUUCUUUCUUUCUUUCUUUCUUUCUCUCUCUCUCUCUCUCUCUCUCUCUCUCUCUUUCUUAAUCGAGUAA